AUGAAGGUCGCAGUGGUGGUCACACUUCUUGCCUUGGCUGAGCCAUUCGCAUUGGCUGUCACCGGCCUGGCGAACCUGGCGUUCUGUGCUAGCGACAACACAGGGUCUUCCUUCAAAGAGGUCACGGACACUUUUCAAUCAAAUGGAGCAUGUAUAGUUACUUGUUCUGAUUACGCCUAUGGUGUGUUGCAAGGCAAGAAGUGCUGGUGCACGAAUGUUGUUCCCUCGCAGAAGUCACAGAAGAAGAUCUCCGACUGUGACACAAAGUGUCCCGGUUAUCCAGACGAUCGCUGUGGAAGUGCAGCCAAAGGGGUGUUUGCGUACGUGGAGAUCAUCGGCAAUGCUCCGACUAGCACAGCUGGUGCGUCUUCAAGCGGCACGUCGUCUUCAAGCUCGAGCUCGUCAACUUCGUCAGAUGGUACAACCACCACCCCAGCUACCACCUCAACGCAGACCGACUCUGGCGGCCAGGUUAAGACGAUCACCGUUCCAGGUUCAGUGUCGACUGGUGAUUCGGAUUCCUCGUCGGCCAAUGCCAGCGCUGACAGCUCAAAAUUGAGUGGAGGUAGCAUCGCUGGCAUUGUAAUUGGUGUUCUCGGAGGACUGGCUCUGAUUGCAGCUCUGAUUUUCUUGAUCCUCUUCUACCGGAAACGCGCCCGCGCGGCCAGUCCUGUCCCAAGCCAGGACAUGGCCGACAACAGAGCCAGUGCCGGAUCGAGCUUUAUGGGAGGUUUCUUUCCGCGAGGCAACGGGGAAGGCGCCGCUGGUACUAGUCCCGCACGCUCGGGCACAACCUUCACUGAUCGGCGGAUGAAGACCAACACGGUUCUCUACCCGAACGGUGCCCGUGAUAGUAGUGUGUCUUUGCAAGACAACGAAGACUACUCACGUCCUGUUCUUCGGCUCACCAACCCCGAUUAA